AUGGGGGGCGACUGGAGACGCCGGGGCGGACAGAAUAACGGCAGGACUUCGGGGCUGUUUGGGGGAAGAUGCUCGACGGAAUGGGGCGGCGGUGUUACCAGCCUGGUGAUGGGCACGAGCCGCCGAUACUGCACCGCCCGCUCCCUGUUUGUCCUUUGCCACGGGCUCCUGCAGUUCUCCCAGCUGCUCUACAGCGCCUACUUUAAGAGCACCAUCUCCACCAUCGAGAAACGCUACGGCCUCAGCAGCUACUCCUCAGGAACCAUUUCCUCUCUCAACGAGGUCAGCAACUGCAUUCUGAUUGUGUUUGUGAGCUACUUUGGCAGCCGGGUUCACCGUCCUCGCGUCAUCGGCAUCGGUGGACUGCUGAUGGCUGUCAGUGCCAUGAUCCUCACCUUACCUCACUUCUUGUCGCAGCCCUACGAAUACGAGUCGGUUUUACACAGUCGCCAUGAUAUCUGCAACCUACGUGAAAACUCCAGCAGAACAGAAUCCUGCGGCCGCGAAGACACCGGGCGACUGUCGGACUCCAGGAAACUGUGGGUGCUCAUGCCCAUCGCUCAGCUGCUCUUUGGCGCCGGCUCGGUGCCCAUCCAGCCCUUUGGCAUUUCCUACAUUGAUGAUUUUGCAGGACAGCAAAACUCCCCUCUCUACAUAGGUGAAUAACCGGGGGUGCAGAGAUACAGCAGACCAGU